UGAGAGUGCAGUGGAAACCGCGUUAAAGUUAAGACAGUUUAGGUGGAAUCCGGCGUCAAAGUGUACAUUUACACGGAUUUGUGUCUCUAAGCUGCAGAUAUCGACUCGUGGAGAUGAAGGGGAAAGAGCGAUCGCCGGUGAAGAAACGCUCCCGGGUGCUCGAAGAGAGCAAAGACCGAGGAGGAAGCAGCAAGAAGACCGGAGCCCUGCUGACGGCCGGCAGCAGCAACAACGGGAACGGCUCUGCUCCCAGCGGCGCUUCGUCCCGGAGAAGUUUACACGGCGACAAAAGAGAAAUGAGGGACUCAGACGGACAUAGUUCAUCCAGUCGGACCGGUAGCAGCUACGACUACGGAGCUGUGUCGGGGAACAAGCCGCACGGUGGCGCUGAAGUCGCCUCGGAAACAUCCAGGUCCGGUUCACGCAGUGACCCGCGGCCUCCGGCAAACCCUGAAAGUGAGUACAAGACUCUCAAAAUAAGUGAACUGGGCUCCCAGCUGAACGACGAGGAGAUAGAGGAUGGACUAUUUCACGAGUUCAGGAAGUUUGGUGACGUUAGUGUGAAAAUUAGCCGAGAAAACGACAUGCGGGUGGCGUAUGUGAACUUCAGGAGGCCCGACGACGCCCGGGCCGCCAAACACGCCCGGGGCAAGCUGGUGCUGUACGACCGGCCUCUGAAAAUAGAGACAGUUUACAUGAACAGACGUAGAAGUCGCUCCCCUGUUUCAAAAGACAGUUUCCCCUCAGGACACAGGCAUCUCCACUCUCAGAGACCCCUCUCUCCCACUGGUCUGGGCUACAGGGACUACAGGCUACAGCAGCUGGCGCUGGGCCGUCUCCCCCCUCCUCCUCCUCCUCCUCCUCCUCCUCCCCCUCCUCCUCCACCUCACCUCAGAGACCUGGAGGGAGACAGAGACUUUCCUGUGUAUGAUGCCAGGAAUCGGCCCCAGUUCAUCACUGAAUGUGCUGUUUUCCGUGAUGAGGACCUGAUGACCCCUGAGGACGACCAGAGGGCAAACAGGACUUUGUUUCUUGGCAAUCUGGACGUCAGUGUGACAGAGAGUGACCUGCGGCGGGCGUUUGACAGGUUUGGGGCCAUAACAGAGGUGGACAUAAAGCGAGCAGUGCGCGGCCAGAGCAACACCUAUGGAUUCAUCAAGUUUGAAAAUCUUGACAUGGCUCAUCGUGCCAAAGUGGCGAUGUCAGGGAAAGUAGUGGGACACAACCCCAUUAAAAUCGGCUAUGGUAAACCUACACCCACAACCAGGCUGUGGGUGGGGGGCCUCGGACCCUGGGUGCCACUUGCUGCACUGGCCAAAGAGUUUGACCGCUUCGGCACAAUCAGGAAUAUAGACUACAGGAAAGGUGAGGCGUGGGCUUACAUUCAGUAUGAAAGCCUGGAUGCUGCUCAGGCUGCAUGUACUCACAUGCGAGGCUUCCCUCUGGGGGGCCCUGACAGGAGACUCAGAGUGGACUUUGCAGACACAGAGCACCGCUACCAGCAGCAGCAGUACAUGCAACUUCCUCUCCCUCUGCCGCACUAUGACUUAGUCCCUGAGCCUUUUUCCCACCGCCUUAAUGACUCUGUGAGAGUGAGAGAGAGGUCUCCCCCAGUUCGCUACAGAGAACGGGAUCUCUACUCCAGCGCUGACUGGUCUGGCCUGGGUGUCCAUGACAGGAUGCGAGGAGCUGGAUUUGAACCUAUAGAUCGCCUGGAGAGACAUUCCCGUGAGACCUGGUCAAUAGAACGUGAGCGAGAGCUGCAAAGCAGGGAUCUAAGCCGCAAAAGGAGACAUUAUUUGGAUGAUGGUUGGCGGCUGGAUCGCUCACCUGAGAGUGGUGACUAUGGUCCACGCCGUCACGGCGGCUCAUUAGAGCGCAGCCCUGAAGGGAGCAGCCGAGAUGGGGGACGCUACAGUGACCCUGAACGCAUGCCUCGCUCUGGCAGAACCUCCCCUGCCAAAGACCGCCAGAACAGCCUGGACACUGGUUUUGGAGACAAGAGAAGAAGAACACUUAGCCCAACUGUGCCAGGCUCCUGCUCCGAGAAGGACCGCAAACACAAAACCAGUGACUCCAGUAAGAGCCCAGGAAGGAGGGAGGAUCGCUUAGAACACUCUUCCUCAAACUCCUCUUCCUCCAAGGCCGGCCAGCAGUCUAAGCAGAGCGCUGGAGGACAGAGGCUGAGUCAGGCCUGGCAGGGUGUCCUCCUGCUAAAGAACAGUAGCUUCCCCACAUCGCUGCAUCUGCUGGAGGGGGACAUGGCGGUGGCUACCAGUCUGCUGGCAGAGGGCUCCAAAGGAGGCAAAGUGCCCCAGCUGAAGAUCAGCCAGCGUCUGCGUCUGGACCAGCCCAAGCUGGAAGAAGUUUCCCGUCGCAUCAAGGCCGCUGGUUCCAGUGGAUACGCCAUCCUUCUAGCCGUGCCGGGGAAAUCUGAGGACGGAGGGGCUCAGGACGCCAGCACCUCCACCGAGAGACCGCUGAAGAACCUGGUGUCCUACCUGAAGCAGAAAGAGGCGGCGGGCAUCAUCAGCCUCUCUGUGAAGGGUGGCCGUGACAAGGACCACGGAGGAGUCCUUCAUGCUUUCCCCCCGUGUGAGUUCUCUCAGCAGUUCGUGGAUGCUUCUGCCAAAGCCUUUGCCAAAUCAGAGGACGAUUACAUGGUGAUGAUCAUUAUCGGAGGAGCGUCAUGAAAAAAAUUUAUAAAUGUCUCUUUUCACACUUGUGAACUGUUGUACUGUGAGUUGUAAAAUCAGAGAAGUAAUAACAUAGCAGAAUAAUAAGUGACAGGGUUCUGAUUUUAAGUUCCUUCAGCUGACAAGUGGCUUGUAUUUCAUCCUGUUGAAGGUGUUUUGAAAUCAAAGUCACAUUGAAUUGGAAACAUUUUGAUAAGUUUGAUUCUGCUAUUCAGUUAUCAGAUAAAUGUACAUUACUUGAAGGGUACUUUGCUAAAAGCUACAGUUCUGUGAAUCAAUACUAUAUGUUGCCUUAUCUCAUUUAAAAAAAGAAACACAAAUCAUUUAUAUCCUUUAAUACAUUUCCUGCCUUUAAAAAAGAGAAGUUAAGGUCCACAACAUUGUCAUCAGCCUUCAUUUAACCUGUUCAGGUCAGUCUCAGUGACUUUGUAGUACUGUUACAGUGUUUGUACAGCUGGGCUACAAAAUAAUUGCAUCAAAUUUAUGUACAUAGAAAUUCUUUAUUGAUUUAAGGAAAUAUAUCUAUUUGCCAUAAAGCUUUAUUCACUGCUCAUAAAUAGACAUAUUCCAGAUGUGCAUCUGUAAUACUUUGUGCUGACCAAGUAAAGAUCUUGAACACUUCCUUAUUCAAAGUUUCAGUAUGAUAGCUUUCCUAUUUUUGGCCAAUCCUGCUUAAAGCUACAGAAAAUUGUAAAAAAACAAAUCAAUUUUAUAGACAUCAGUCCUCUUGGUAUCGCCACAGACUAUUUUUUCAUCAUUUACUGUGAGAUAUGUUAAAAUACAUGCAAAAGAGCAUUAAGGGUUACAGUUUAAUGACUUACUGAUUAAUGUCACUGCGCCUUCCUUAGCCUCAUCUGCAGGUUAUGUGACAUAAAGUGAAAUGAAUGCAGUUUUCCUGGUUGUUUUUAAAGAAUUUUCUCAAAGCACUGAUACCCAGAUGUAAGGAGUCGGCACAAGCAGCAAACAUCUGUAAAUUACAAUGUGGUUCAAUACAGUAACCUUAUAAAAAUACAUCCGUGUAAGUUUUUGUUGAAAUUAUGUCAAAGGGCAGGUUUUUUCAAUGGUGUGUUAAUUUCCAAGUCUAAGUUUAAGCAUUUUGUAUUGGACGGUAUUAUAUAAGACAGCAGCUUAUUUUCAUUUCAAUUUUUAAAACCAUUUUUCCUUAGAAAAUCAUAUUUUUUCCAAGGGGACAUUUUCAAGCCCACAUUGACAUUUUAGUGUUUUUUUUUUGUUUUAUCCUACCAAAAGUGCAAAACCCAUAAAUAUUACAUUAACUAUGAUGUAAAUCAAGGAAACACAGAAAAUCUUUACAUUUGAGGAGCAAACCAAAAAUUUACAGAAAUGAUGAAUUGAUCACAAAAUCAUCGCAGGAUAAUGCGCUCUUGGUCAACUAAUCAACUAAUCGGCAACUAAUCAGUUGAAUUAACUCCUCAUUCUUAACAAAACUAAGUGUUUGCUUCAAAAAAAUUGAGAGUUUGUGUUGAACUGCAUUAUAUUAUACAGAGUUGCUUUUAUUGUCUCCACCCCUCAGCAUCACAUUCAAUUUGGUUGAUUGAACAUGUCAUUUUUUCUUUUAUAAUCCACUAAUUACAAGUACUACCCCGACAAAGCAUGUACUUUAAAAAAAAAAAAAGAUGAUGUAACCUAUAAAUUAAGAGCUAUAUGUAUGCCAUGCACAUCUCUAUUAACUUAUCAGAAUUCUAUUACUAGAAAAUGUUGCUAUACCAUCAAUGGACUUGUGUUAUGAAAACCUCCGAGAGGAGCCGCUCUGCACUGGCCUAACAGAGCCUUCCUCUGAAAAGACUGUUAAUGAUUGUUUUUCAUGCUUUGAUUUGAGUACUGUGUUUCAAAUGGAGAGAGAAAAAGAUUUGUGCUGUAUACUCAGGAUAUCUGGAGAGAGAAAUGGAGAACAUCAAUGGGCCUAAGAAGUAUACCUAACUGUGCGACAUGCACUUCAUAGAUUUUGUCUCAAUAAAUUUAGUCUUUCGUGGGAAACACGAGGGCCUCGGAAGACAACUUUUGUGACCUUUUCUGUUCUUGGAAUUGUCUAUCAAACUCUAAAGGCUUUGUCGCUCUGACAGUGGGAGCCUGCAGCAGAGAGGAGAGGAAGUGUGAGAUCAAGGGAAGAAAGCCCCUCACUCAGUUCUGUGUUUCCAUGUUGUUGAUCAUCAUUUGUUGAAUAACCUCUUUGUGAAGAGCUUUUCGUGUGACCCUUCAUUCAGAUUGAUAUUUGACCAUACUAGAAUACUUUUUUCAGUCCGCCUUGCGAAGGCAAAAUCUAGAGUCACAGUUUCUCUUCACAUGUGUGGCUUUAUUGCUCAGUUGCCUCCGGCCCGUGUGUCUGGAGGCGUGGUCUGGUUCGUCACUCGCCACAUCAAGUUCUGCCAAAGAUCAGCGGGGUCGUCGGAUGGAGACGACCCUCUCGGCGAAAGCUCGGCAGUGCUUCUUCUUUCUCAUCUGUUGCAAAAGGUGUUGGCUCAGCGCCUGCGCCAGCUUGAGAAGGAGCAGUGUUCAUUUGUGUAGUUGCUUAUUGUUCUUGCUUUGGAGUUUUGAAGAAGAGCUCCGUGUCUAGGGCCACACUUCAUACACUUCUCAUCCUGUGUCGGAGGAGAGGUUGAGACAGACAGACAACUGCUUUAUUUGCCAUAAAUUGGAAAGGAAGUACAACAGAGGAGAGAAAAGAUUGCCAGAAUCUAAUCUUUAGUUGAUACAAUGAUCUAAGUUUCAUGCUUUUGUAAAAGAUUCUGUGCCAAACUGAAAGCAAAGUGAAGAGUGUCCUGCUGUCAUUGAGUCAGAAUCUGCUGCAGGAUGUAUCAUCAGGACAGUGCUGCUCCUGCUCGUCACUGCCUCUUGGUUCAUCUCCAAACAAGUGGGACCCGAGUAACCUCACUGCAGCCUCCAGGUGUCCCCACAGUGCCAUGGCUAGGACUCAAGCUUUUCUGGAGCUGUGAGACGCAACAGGUUUGAGUCUCAUUCUGGCCGUACCUGCUCCUGUUCCACAGGUAACGUAUGAGGAAGGCCUAAACAGCUGACAUGGGUACGUAUUAAAAUAUUGAACAUGGUAGGUACAACUCAAAAGGUGGUAAAAUUACGAGGUUUUGAGGUUUGUCAUGUUUAAAAACAAUCCUGUUAGUCAUUAGUGGUGGAAAUCUACUUAUAACUAGUGUUGCAAUUUGUUGAUCCAACUCUGGUAGAUUUUGGUGAGAUUUUUUGUAGACUUUUCUCUUUGCCGCAUUCCAAAAAUGUUUGCAGUCUUGGUUAUAAAUGCCUCAGCAAUCCAACAGCAAAGGCAGCUACAAGAAUGAGUUACCAUCAGUAGUGGUAGAAGCAUAAAGGUCCUUUACUGAUGUAAAAGUAGCAAAAUCAGAGUG